AGUCUAAACUAUGAUAAAUUUUGGUUGGGUCUAAUCUCAUCGAUCUACUUUUAAAGUCAACUCCUCCCUCUAUCUUUUUGCUACAAUUCUUUUUCAAUUUUAUGCAAGACAGAACCUUUCAAGCCAUUAUUGAUCUCUAAGUAAUGGAACAUAUAUUCACAAGACUUUAGAUGUGGCAUUGUUAAUCAUUAGAGUAUGUUGUUGUUAAUGAAGAUUCUAUUUCCAUCAAUCGUUAGAGGCCAAGCUAAUUAUAAUAUGGAGAAUUCAGAAGAGUCUUGCAUCGAACCUUAUUAUCCAUCAAUAGACGAAGAACUAGUGGGGUUUGAUGAACAUGCACAAAAUAUAACUGAUUAUUUGAUACGAGGAACCUGGGACCUGGACGUUGUCUCGAUUGUUGGAAUGGCUGGUUUAGGGAAAACAGCUCUGGCUAGAAAGGUAUACAAUAGUCGUUCUAUUAUUGAUCGUUUUGACGUUCGAGCUUGGUGUUCUGUUUCACAAACAUAUAAUAGGAGACAGUUGGUGCUUCAGAUUCUAACACAAAUUACAGGUGAUCAUCCUUCUAACUAUGUUAACUUGGAUGAUCCUGAAGACAUAUUGCGAAAGUGUCUAAACGGAAAAAGAUAUCUUGUCGUAUUAGACAACAUAUGGGAUGGUAAGGCAUGGGAUGAUUUUCAAUCAUGUUUCCCUGAUUUUAAUCAUGGAAGUAGAAUAAUGAUAACAACUAGAGAUAAAGCGAUGGCUAGCUAUGUUAAGGGGUACAGUUUUCCUUAUUCGCUUCCACGUCUAGAAGAUGAUCAGAGUUGGGAACUAUUGCAGAAGAAAGUAUUUGGACGAGGGAAAUCGUGUCCUUUGGAACUAGUGAAUGUAGGAAAACUAGUUGCCAAAGCAUGUAGAGGACUGCCUUUAUUGAUCAUCAUGAUUGCUGAAGUUCUUUCAAGAGAAAGAGAAGGGUCUUCGUGGCUUAAGGUUGCAUAUGAUAUAAGUUCUCAUGUUCCCAAUAAGGAGAUUAUCAUGAUGACGAUACAAUCAAGUUAUGACCAUUUACUGGACCAUUUGAAGCCUUGCCUUAUCUACAUGGGAUUGUUUCCUAAAAAAUACGAAAUUCCAGUAUCUGAUCUACUCAAGUGGUGGAUAGCUGAGGAGUUUGUGCACCACAUUGACACGUUGAAGCUAGAAGAAUUAUCAGAGAUUUGCUUGCAUGAUCUUGUUGGCACAAACCUCGUAGUGGUUUCUAAAACAAGAUCGAAUGGUAAAAUGAAAUGCUGCAUCGUUCUUGAUCAUGUUCGUGACUUUUGCUUGAGAAAAAUUACAGAAGAAAAGUUCAUAGUGCCGUAUAGUUAUCCAGAUCAACCCGAAGAACAAAGGUUAUGCAUGUACUUAAAUGACCGUACUAUGACAAGUGAUUUCAAGGAAAGUGAUCCUAAGGAGUUCAUUGUUCAUCCGAAAUUCAGUAUAUUGGACCGUAAGAAUCCUUUUCGUUUGCUUAAUAACUUAAAACUUGUUCGGGUUUUACAUUUACUGGAUAUCUACUUGGACAAUUCUUUGCCUACUGCAUUUCAGUCACUGGAUCACUUGAAGUACCUUGCAAUUUUUGUUAAAGCAUUUGAUUUGAAAUGGGUGUCACACCUACUUCAUCUACAAACUUUGCGGGUUCGUUCAUCUUAUAUAAUGAUAUCCUCUGCUAUAUGGAAAAUGUCAAAGUUGAGGCAUGUGGACAUAAACGAAUUUCCCAUUACAGUAUGGGAAGAAGAAGAUGAUAUUGUGUUAGAUAACUUGAAGACUCUUGGAAUGUGUUGUAUGUCCGUGGCUGACAUGACUCGAAAGUUUUGGGACAAGUUCCCAAAUCUUGAAGAAGUCAAGCUCCACAUUAAUGAAUUUGGAGAUCAUGUUUCUGAUUACCCAAGCUCUGCAUUGAUGAAUUUGGAUACUAUUAUUCUCCCCUCGCGUCUCAAGUGUUUGUCCCUCAGUGAAAUGUUCCUAACGCAUGAAUUAGUUUCAAGCAUUGCAGAAUUGCGAUGCCUUGAGACUCUUAAAUUAUCUGAGAUAUACUUUGCAGGGAGUCAUUGGGUUCUCGGUGCUUACACGUUUGAACAACUCAAGUUUUUGAAAUUACAUCAUGUUUUUAUGACCAAAUGGAGUUGCAUAGAGGAAUCAUUUCCUUGCCUCGAAUAUCUUGUUAUAAAAAGUUGUCCCAAGCUUGAAGAGAUCCCGGAGGCCUUUGUUUAUAUUCCAAGACUACGAUUGAUUAAAGUGAUCAAUUGUAGUGAGUCAGUUCGCGAUUCAGCUCAAAGAAUUAAACAGGAUGUAGAAGAUAUUGAAGGAGAUGAGAGACUCCAACUUCAUAUCCCCAAGAACUACUAAAGAUGGUAACUGAUUGUCAUUCCUUCAACGGAAAAUUACAUUUUCUAGAUGUGAUUUCCGAGCAGCAGAAUCAUUCAUCGGAUCAGAUCAGGAGACAUCAUUAGAAGCUAAACCAUUGCAGUACUGAGAUGAAAGGUUCUGCUCUGUGGAUGGAUUGAUUUGCAUAUCAUCAAUCAGCAAGUUGCUAUUGACCUGAGGAUAUCAAUGUCUAUUUAGAUUUGUGCUUUGUAACGUAACGCUACGUUCUGAUAUGUAUUGUCAAAGACGGAGCCAGAAUUUGAAGCUUAUGGAUUCUGAAUUUCUUUUUCACAUGUGAUCUCAACUAUUAAUUGUCAUGUUUCAUUGUUGUUAUUUGUUGAUGGAAACUAUACGUGUGUAUUUUAAUGCAAUAUUUAAAUAUUUUAAUGCGUAUUUAGAUUCA